AUGGAUAGUAAAUUUUAUAUUGAAGAGGUCUGCGAUGAAACAUAAAAUGUAAAAUUAGACAUUCCAAAUGCAGAUAAAAAUAAAAUCAUGCAUACACUUGUAUAGUAUUUUAUAUAUAUAAAAAGGAAGAAAAUUUAAAAUAGAAGAAUGAUUUUUUAAAUUCGGAGGAUUAUUAUAAUUUUUAACAACUACUUGUUAUUUCAUUAAUUACAAUCAACUUUUCUAAUGAUGAUCCAUUUUUUAGACAUAUUACCAUGGUUGUAAAGGCAAUAAAGAAAGCAAUUAAAAAAAGGCUUAUACAAGAGACUAAUUACUAUCAAUCUAAAUAGGAAUUUAAAGUAUGUCAAUUUUCUUAAAUUUAGAUUUAAUAAUCUUCUCUCUUUAAAAUCUAUUAUUAGGAUAUUAACAUAGGAUUUAUAACAUCUACUUAAUAAAUAAAAUCUACAGCAUUCAUUUUCAUAAACAAAAAUAUUUUUAAUGAAUUUAUGAAUAAGAAAAUGUAAAUUGAAUAAAAAGAUUAGUAAGUGAGAUUGACACUUUACUUUUUUGAUAUAAAUAUAUAAAAAGAACAAUAAAUUUAGUAAGAUUUUAAAAAUUAAUUUUUGCGAAUUAAUAAAUUCAAAAAUGAGUUUAUUGUAUUGAAUGAGGAAAUAGAUUAAUAGAAAUAAACCACAACAUAUCAUGUCUAUAAGCCUAUGGAUGAUUAACUUUAUUUUGUUAAAAGAGUAAAAAACAACCUAAUUAUAGAUUUAAUUGUUAAAUAUUCCUUUAGAUGUCACAUUUCAAGAUAUAUUUAACACUAAAAGUUCAAUUAAAGAUUACUUGAAAAUUUAAGAAGCGCGUACUCUUUAACGCGUUUCACAUCCAAACAUAAUUAGACUAUAUGAAUGGUGGCUAGAAAUAAAAAACUAUUAAUUAUUUCUAUUUACCUAGAUAGAAUAUUGUAUUUAUCCAGGAUAUAUCUCACAAUCUAAAAAUCUUUUGAGUUAUUCAUAUUUUUAUAUGAAUCCAAUGCCUCAAGAAUAGAAAAGCAAACUAAUAAAUGAAAUUUUAUGUUAGAUUAUAAGUGGUUUAGAGUAUUUACAAUAAAAGUAAAUCUCACAUGGAGAUUUAAAACCUGAAAGUAUUAUGGUUACUAAAAGUAUCACUGGAGAUAUAUAGGUAAUGAAUUCAUAUAAUAAAGGUUAUGUUAGCAGAUCUCAAUCAUUCAUAAUCAUUUUCUCAAGAUUUGUAAAAGUAACAAUUCAAAGAUUAUGUUGAUUAAAAAUAAUAAUGUUUAUAUGCUAUAGGUGUAUUGUUAAUGCAUAUAAUCCUUGCAUUUCCUGGAGAACCAACUCUUAGAAAUAAUUAUGUUACUAAAUUUUAGAAUUAUGACAUCGAUGACUCAUUAUAUGAGUUCGAUAAAUGGGCAUAAAAAUCAGUUAAGAAUAAGCAUAAAGAAUUUUCAUUUUUCUUAUAUAAAAGUUAUAUGGAGUUAGCAAAAUCAUUAUUAAAAAAAUAACAAUUUCAUGAAUUACAUGAAGUAAGAACUUUUAUUUAAAAUAAUAAACAAUUUGAUCAUCUAUUAGUUUGA